AUGUGUGCCAAUUCCACUCCUCAGGCAGGAGUGGAAGACGCAUCCAGUGCGGAAAAGCGAGACAGUUGCCCAGCAGCGGCUGUGCCCGAUCUCACGACAGCCACCGAUGGUGUAAGUGAGGAGAGCCACGAAGCGGAGGUUCCCGUUUUCCCUCCUGUUUCUGAAGACGAGUUGAAUAGCUUGCCAGAUCGGGGCAGCCCGGAUGACGCGGGGGACACCCAAGAAAACCAUAAUCAUACCUCAUGCCGUUCUGGGGGGGGAGCAGAGCAGACGACACUUUCCCCGGCGACCGCGGGCGGCAACAGAGCCCCUAACGCACGGCGCGGGGGUUCUGGAAGAGCAACACGGGGAGCGAGGAGUUCCAAUCGCAACUCGGCAGGCCCCGGCUCAGCUGGUGGAGGGGCGACAGGCACCAAAGCGGUGGCAUCAAAGCCAGAACAAGAGCGCAUCCGCCAGUUGUAUGAUCCUCUUUGGAGGGAGUCCGAGCAGGAACUUCAGCUUGUCCUCGCGCAAGGGUUGCCGGAAGUGGACACGUUGACGAACCCUCAAGUGUACCUGGAACUGAAGCAGAAGCUCCUGCAGGCGCCGUCUUCGCCUCAGAGUUCCUCCGUAGAUGACGAGGAUGCCGGGAGCAGAACUGACAAUGAAGAUGCCUCUCUGAGUCCUCUGAAGCGACUUCUUCGGGCGCUUUGUGACGGAUCGAGUCUGCCGCUGUCGGCCCUUAUUGUCGAAGUUCAACGCGUUCUCCGCGAUAGCACUGACGGGUCGCCCACUGAAGACGUGACCGAUGAGACACUCCGAACGCUUCUUCCCGUGCUCCUGUCUCGAAGGAGCUUGGGGGUUCCUCGGCAGCGCGGAACUGGACUGAGUCCAGGGGGAACAGCGGCCGCAGGAAGUUCUGAGUCGCCACCUGCGGCGGCUUCGGCCUUGCCGCCGUCUGGUGCAUGUGCCGGCCCCGCCGCCACAGCGGGCAGUGGUGCCUCCUUCUCUUCCUCGCUCACAGACAAGAAUGAGGACGUGACUCCCAGCUCUCUCUGGGUCUGGGAAUCUGCGUUCCUCGAAGGCCUGCCUUCAGCCUUCAAAGAAAAGACGCGGAAGGAUCGAGACAAGCGCGGGAUGAUCUCUCGGAGAGUGCGCAGCCUGGUGCGGCUGCAACAGGCCAUCGAACAGGGUGUUGAAAAAGACAUUUUGGCGGCGAAAGAGAAAGCGGAGGCUCUGAAAAGAAAGGAGCAGCAAGAAGAGGAGAAGCGGCGGGAACAGGAGCUUCGCCGGCGACGGGCGGAGGAGGCCCGAGCGGAGCGGGAACGCGAGAAGCGUCAGCGGGAGGAUGCAAAGAAGGAGAAAGAGAAGGAGAAAGAGAAGAAGAAGCAAACUGUAGAGGAACAGGUGAAACAUCAAGGCUGCCAGAACAUGUGGGAGAAGAACUAUAUUCACUUUUUGCCUCAAAAUGCAACUGUGGUCGUCGAAGUUAAACAGACGCCGCCCCAGAAAGUGCCGCAGAAGACAGAAAGCAAGAAGGUGGUGAAAGACGCACAAGCGAUGAAGGGCCAGCAGAAUUUUAUGGUAUCGUGGCUGACGCGUAAACCGUCGCGGGUGUCUUCGCCGUCGAGUCCCUUCACAGGGUCCGCACCUGCGGCCGAAGCUUCGGCCGUAAAGCCAGUGGAGGGGAGCGAUUCGCCAACGACCAGUAUGACGCGCCCUGCGUCUUCUCUCGCUUCCCAGUCAAGUGCUACAUGCGACGAUCCCAUGGGGGAGGAAAAAGAAGAACAGCCGCCUGGAAGUGACGAUGUCUCUCUCGAGACGCGAAAGGCCGAAGACGCUGCACGCGCGAAGGCCGCCACAGAGGCGGAAAUCUGGAGAGUGCCCGAGGGAAAGCGACAGGAGUUCAUCGACAUCGUCCUCAGGCUGCCGCAGCCGCUGUCGCCCCUGUCUGCUUCGUCUUGCGAGUCGAUACCUUUCUUUGACAAUGAAGAGGCGGGAUGUGGCGUCAAUGCCGAGGAGCGCCUGACGGAGUUUGUGGAAGAAUUCGCUCUUCCUCACACGGCGACGCUGCGAAAAUUCCACACCUUUUGCGCCCAGAAUCGGCAAUUUGUUCACAAGCUUCCCGUCCAGACGCAGACGCCAGCUGCCACAGCUGCGCCCGCAGAGAGCAGCGGCGUGUUGAGUGGUUGGUCUGAGCAGUCUGCCGCUGGCGUCCGUUCCUACCAACAAGAAAUGCGAGAAAUCAAACAAGGUUUGACCCUCACCGAUUAUACAGACAACAGUCUUCGCGAUCUGCCCUACCUCCGGACUGCCUGGGUCAACUUGGAUGAGUGGAAGCGCCCCGUUCGACGCCUGUUGCUUGGCAAGCAAGCGAAGAAGUCGAGUGCGUGCGAGCAGUGGGCUGAAGAGAGCUGCAUUGACUACGAUCGCGAUAGUGACGAGGAGUGGUUUGAGAAUUUCGAUGUCGACGACUUGGACGAAGGAAAAGACGAGGAAGAAGAAGAGGAGCUGGAGGGAGAAGAAGACAAAGACUGGCUGGUAGAAGAUGACGACGAAGGAAGCGGUGCUGGUCGAACGGGCUUCGGACACUCCGUCCGCUUUGAGUCUAUUUGCGACUGGCACUGGUCCUUCGAAGGAGAAGAAAAACCGAAUGCGCUAGAUGCAGGAGUAGAUCCCUUUUCCAUCAACUCCGUGCGCGACCGGAACUGGGUGAGCAUCUACGGAUGUGUCGUCGAUGACUGGGGCGGGAAGCCGUUCGAGAAGCUCGAGGCCGCUGUUUCCGCGACAAGCCAGAGGAAGAAAAUGACUGACGAAGAGCUGUGCAGUCUCUUCAAGUUUUCCCACGCGAAAAAAGACUCCAAGACGAAGCUCAUCGCCGAUUUCCACAAACUAAAUAAGCAUCUGACGAAGGCGGAUUUGGAGCGGAGAUUCAAAGAGCAUAUUGUAUACGAACGACGGCCGGAAGACAAACAGAAGAGAUGGUAUGUUUCAGCUGAGGCGACGGAGGCUUUCAAUCUCAAGGAAGACCUGGAGUCGAUAGCAGCUGUAAUUCUGUCAGAGGAAUCAUCCAGUCAAUCCCCACCAACUCAGCAGUCGACAGACGCCGCGUCGUCAGCAAGCAGCUUCGACGGCCCUCGGGUACCGAAUUCGGGGAACUCAUCCAAUUCUCCGCAAGGAUCGGAGAGCUCUGAAGCUGCCAAUUCCGAGUCUUCAUCUGGAGUACCUAGUGCAGGAACUGGAGUUCAGGGAAAGGGCGGAGGCUCACAGCGCACUGGCGUCGUUCCUGGGCCUUCUGUGCUCGUACAGAUUCUCCGGCAGACUCCUGAAGUGGGUGCUGGUGGUGCAAAGAAACCACGGAUACAGGACGCGAGCAUGAGUGAACCUGCGAACGCAGUCUCGGUAGCUGCCCAAAGUGCAUACAGGGCGGACGGUCAAUUGUGUCCGGGCGUAGCAUCAUCUGCUCCACUCCCGCCAGCAGCUCCGUCCCGCAGCCGUGCUCAAAGAGAGGACGAAGGAAACGGAACGAAGUCUAGAAUGGAUCAGCAUGCAGGCGAGUUGGCCGGCGGAGCCCCCACUAAUUCCGAUCAGUGUGACCCAUUUCGGGAUCUGGACCCCUUCGCCUCAGCCACAGCAACAGCUCUGGUGGCAGCAUUUUCUGCAGAAGCUGCGGCACUGACUGCUGUCGAACAAGAUUGUCCUGGUAGUUCAGCAUCUGCAGUUCAUGUUGCCGCUGCUGCAAUGGCGGCGGCCACACUAGCAAGAGAGAUGGCUGCGAGUAUGGCGGAAACACAGGAACCGCUCGAAGGGCGUGUCGGAUUUGCCGGUAGGAAAGCUCUGAGGAUCCUACAGAAUGGGAACGAUGGCACGCACGAAGGUGGGAGAGAAUCAGAAAAUAUACGCGCCGUGAUUGGUCCAGCUGGCACUUGCGACGCUGGAACUCCGACAGAGGUCUGGAGGCUGAACCGGGGGGGCAGCGGUGUGUCUGGCGAAAACGAGGGAGCGACUCCUCGACAGACUAGGAAACCUUCUACAAGGAGUGAUGACGCUGAAGACCCGGACGAUAGGCCCGUUUGGGGAAAGCGACGAAGAAGUGAUGGGCAGGAGGACGCGUCGGGUUGUGGAUCGUCGCCCGGGAGUUCAGUUGGCACGACAAAGAAAGUGAAACGGGGGUCGGCAGGGACGGCAACGAGCGUGGUACCUGUAAAAGGCCCCCCGCUGAAGAACACUCUGAUAACACAAUUUUUCCGAACGGUGCCAACCGGCGAGAAGCGUUCACCGGAGGGACCUGCGGAAACACCAUCUUGA